CAGCAGCUUAAACGCAGGCAUUCUCGCCGGUAUGGCUGCGACGUACUCUUGCUCUCGCUUGUUGGUGGUUCCGCCGACUGCGCGCAACAGCAUCGCCAUCGACGCGUUCGCCGCGGUGGAGCGGAACAUCCUGGCGUCCUGCUCUGCUCGUAACUAUAUUCUCCAACCUGGCGCCUUGGAGCACCACCUUGAGCGCGGGCAGACCCGGUCGCGAUUUCCUCGUCUCCGGGAACGGCAACAACUACCCCGGUGGCCGGUGCCGUACGUUGUGUCCGUGGGCGCGACACACGCAUCGCCUUGUCCGCAUCUGCGGCGGCGUCUGGACACGCGCAUGCGGCCCACGUCGGCGCCGCGGCCUCCGGUGGUUUGUUGCAGCGCACGGCGAUCACGCACACGCUUUUAUCGUCGGGGGCGCCCGCACGGCGGAGCCGGAGCAGACGACUACAUGGUGUGCGCACCUGCGGCGAGAGACGACUUGGAUGCAGAGAGGCCCUGCCACCUCGUUUUUCCUCUUGGAUCUCCCUUUCUUUCACCUGAGUAGAGUUGUAUCUCCACGUUUCCUACCCUGUUAAGUUUUGAUUUGUCCACACACAAACCUGAGAUCUGUUGUUUUUCUUUGUUGAGAAGGGGCUCUUUUUUACAAUCUCAAAAAUAGGGGCUUUCUUGUUUUUACUCGUAUUUUAUCUGCUCUAAGGGGAAAAAUAUUAGUUUAUUGAUAUGAACACCGCCAUGUGAUGUACGUAGUAGUUCACCGAGGGAUACCACGCCCCAUCAUCUUCUUUUUGUUGAGUUGCUAUUUUGGAAGAAAAAAAACACCCUUUUUAUCCUGCUGGAUUAGAGAUGGCGUGGCCAUGGAUCUGGAGGGCGCUCCAAAAGGCCGGCCGGGCGAUCCAGCGGAAUCCCGACAGCGUGUGGGAUGCCUACAACUGGGCCAAGAACCUGCUCGGGGCAGGCAUGCCUGCGGCGGCCGGGCUGAACCCUGCGCCGGCGGCCAGGGUGAUCCCCGUGGAGCCCGAGGCCGAGAUGGAAGAUGAUGGGGCGUGGAUCCUGUGGCUCGCCGGAGGCGCCCUGCUGAUAGUCGCGGGGGUGGCCUUCGCUGUCUAUCUGGGCGGGGGCGGCGGCGGCGGCGGAGGAAACGGUGGAGACAACGGCGGCGGCGGCAACGGCAAGUGAUUGGUCAGCUCACCGCGCGCAUGACUCCUGGGCUCUGUUCCGCUUACCUUAAAGCUUAGUUUUGCGCUUGCUGUAUGCCUGUAUCCUCGGCUCCUCGCCUACCCUUUAUCCAAAUUGCUUAGUUUUCAUUUCAUCCCAAGCAGUUCAUCGUAUGUCGGUCUGGUGCGACCUGUAUCACAAAUGGAAAAUCAUCUUUAUCAGGAUCAAA